CGUUCUGUUGCCUAGGAAACGAGUGUUCCUAUCGAUAAAUACCGCUACUUGUCACAUGUUCCGAAGUUUAUGUUACGAGUAUGGCUGCUGUUCUGCCAGAUUCUGAUAGCGAAGACGAAUUACCGCCGGGAUGGGAAGAAAGGACCACGGUUGACGGCAGUGUUUACUAUGUGAACCAUGCAACAAAAGGAACACAAUGGACACACCCAAGGACAGGAAAGAAGAAAGUUGUGUCAGGAGAUCUUCCAUUUGGAUGGGAAAAAUGUGUGUCUGAAGAUGGAAAAAUAUUUUAUGUCGAUCAUGUAAAUCGUCGUACAACAUAUACUGACCCGAGACUGGCAUUUGCAACAGAAGAGAAGGAACAUCCACACGACUUUCGUCAACGAUAUGAUGGAUCAACUACUGCUUUACAGAUUUUACAUGGCAGAGAUUUGACAGGAAAAGUUGCUGUAAUAACAGGUGCUAACACAGGAAUAGGCUAUGAAACAGCAAGAUCAUUAGCAUUCCAUGGAUGCAUCGUAGUAUUUGCUUGUCGCAGUCAGUCGAGGGCUGAGGCAGCUAUAGCAAAAAUUCAAGCUGAAAGACCAAAUGCUCGGUGUAAUUUCAUUGAGUUAGAUCUUUGUUCACUGGCAAGUGUGAAGAUGUUUGUCGUCAAUUUUAGACACAUAUACCAGUCAUUGGACUAUCUCAUUCUUAACGCAGGGGUUAUUGGGUUACCAUUCUCAUUGACGGGGGAUGGAUAUGAAACAUUGUUUCAAGUAAACCACUUGAGUCACUUUUAUCUCACACUGCUGCUUCUGUCAUCGCUGCAUUCAUCAUCUAGAGUUAUUGUUGUGUCUUCGGAAUCCCACAGGUCUUCGGAUUUGUCUCUCAACAAUAUUUCACAAAGUAAAUUGUCUCCCAGUUCGGGGAGUCAUUAUUGGUCUUUGAUGGCUUAUAAUCAUUCAAAACUCUGUAACAUUCUGUUUGCCAAUGAACUGGCCCGCAGAUGCUUAGAUAAGGGAGUAUGUGUGAAUUCUUUGCAUCCUGGAAACUUAGUGAGCUCAGAUUUACCUCGACACUGGUGGUUUUAUCGGCUUCUGUUUACCUUAGUCAGGCCAUUUACAAAAUCAUUGCAACAAGCAGCAGCAACAACUGUAUACUGUGCAACAGCUCCAGACCUAGAUUCAGUCUCAGGAAUGUACUUUAACAACUGUUGUCGGUGUGAACCCAGUGAAGCUGCUCAAGAUUACGAUUUGGCUCAAGAACUAUGGCGAAUUUCCAUGAAAAUGGUGGGAGACACAAUGGGAAGGUCUGCAAUGGUUCUACCAAUGCGUAAGAGCCCAGUCUUUGAACAGGCUUCUUCUGAUGAUGAAACAAACGUGGGCCAGAAUUUAUAAACAUGUGUUUUGUAAUAUGCAGGCUGUGAUAGACUUAAACUUAUAUAAGCAUACUCAAUUUUUGUAUAUACAUUUGGUAUUAAUUGUUUGCUUAUCAUGUGGUGGUUUCUCUAAAUCUUAACCAUGACUUCUUGUUUAAGAGUAGAUUAAAUCAUAGCUCAGUUAACCCAGAUUUAAAUGAAUUGUACAUUUUAUAUUAUCAUGUCUGGAGAAGUUAUGUGAAAUGGAUUCAGUUGUUUGUUACAGAAGCACUACUUUAUACAAUUGAUGUAAAAUAUAUUACUUUUAUUAUGUACAAAUCAAAA